AUGUCCUCGCCGUGGCGGAAAGAUUUUGACAGCCUUGAUCAAAGUGAUAGAGUCCUAACUCGAUGUCGUUUACGUUCCGUGAACUAUUGGAACUAUACCAGCGGUCAUGCCUCUCUCGUGCUGGGACACCAAUUUGACUCUGCCGUUGGUGCUCUCUAUUCCCCGCCAAUUUCGCACGACCUCCUUGGUCUGUACGUCAAUCGUCACCCCUUCAAAUUAUCUUCCGCCUUAAAUCCAUUCUUCCCUAGUCUGCGUGCUGGUUACGCCACGUCCAGACGGAAGACACCCACUAAGGUGACCGAAAGUCUAUGCACACUGGUCUUUAUCUUUGCACAGUGGUGCCCUUUCUCAAUGCGUGCGGCACCCUACAUAAACGCCCUUGCUCGUGCAUUUCCACAGCUUCCCAUUGUGGCGAUUGAAUCUAAUGAGUACCUCCAAUAUAGGUGGAGUCUACGUGUGUUUUACAUUCCGAAAAUCAAAAUUUUUAUCGGUGGCCAUGUAUACCGAGAGUUUAAUGGAACUGACUAUGACCUGGAUGAGUUAGCGGAUUUCCUUUGGCUCAGUUUACGUCUGCUUCCAAUUGGUCCACUCGAAUUAAGACGUGAAGACUUCGUCGGUCCUAUUCCUACACAGCUAAUGAUUCGUGAGAACGAUCUUCGACUUCCUGCUGCUUGGGUCAUUUUUCUCGUUUGCUUCGCUUACUUGACCACGUAUUUCGUCAAUUACAAACGAAUUUGGUGCCAUGCAGUAACUGCAGUAAAGUCAGUUCAUCACUCCUUGAAUAACCGCCGUCUAAACCGUCUUCAUCGUCGACAUGUAGCUGCUCAUGCGGCAUUGCCUCUGCCUGCUUCUUCGACCCAUUGCCAUGCAGAUUAG